CUUCUCUUAAACACUUAAACAGUAUAUUUCUCAUUCUUGUAUUGUCAGUUGUAUGUUCAGAACUCACAUGACACUAGUUUUACUGUGUUUCUGUUAAUGAUGUAUUUCUUCUGAUGUUUCAUCCUUUAUUCUGACCGCGUCCUUUGUUGUAGGUAUAGUUUGAUUCAGAACGAUAAAUGGGUGGAAGUGCAGUUAAUGAUGAUUGGGAAUUUACUAAAAAUGAAGCUCGGACACUAGUUCUGCUGGGCCGCACCGGUAAUGGAAAAAGUGCGACAGGCAAUAGCAUUAUUGGAAAAAAAGAAUUCACGUCAAAGUACAGUUCUUCUGGUGUUACAAGUACUUGUGAACUUGAGAGUGCUCAAUUAGACGAUGGACUGACUAUUAAUGUGAUCGAUACUCCUGGGUUGUUUGACUUUUCUGGUGAGCCUGAAGUUAUUGGCAAAGAAAUUGUUAAGUGCAUGGAUUUGGCCAAGGAUGGGAUCCACGCUGUUCUUUUAGUUUUGUCUGUGCGAACUCGGUUUUCUAGAGAAGAGCAAGCCGCGGUGCAGAGCUUUCAGGAGUUCUUUGGUAACAAAAUUAGUGAUUACAUGAUUGUAGUCUUCACUGGAGGAGAUGAGCUUGAAGAAAGUGAUGAGACUUUGGACGGUUACUUAGGUGGCUGUGACUGCCCUGAGCCUUUAAGUGAAACUCUUAAGCUGUGUGAUAAUAGGAAAGUACUUUUUGACAACAAGACUAAAGAUCCCACAAAGAAAGCCAAACAACAGAAAGAACUUCUUUCACUUGUGAAUUUGGUUUUGGAGAAGAAUGAUGGUGUACCAUAUACAAAUGAAUUGUUCAAGGAAUUACAGGCCAUGAGGAUUAGUUACUUGAUUGGUGAUGCUGUGCACGAGAAAAAUGAAACGACGGAACCAAUUCCAAAGUAUUAUGAGGAGAAAUAUACGGGACUAACUGUAGAGGUUACGAAUAAGCUGAUGGAGGUCACGCAAAGGCUUGUAGAGCAAUUGGCUACGGAGCGUGCUGAGAGGGUAGUAGCUGAACUGAAAGCUAAAAAUGCUCAAUCCAAAUUUGAGGAUGAGAUUCGCGUGUUCAGAAAACGUUUGGACAGUGCUCAACGGGAUACUGAGGAAGCUAACCGUCGUAUGAAUGAGAAACGCUGCCAUAUUUUAUAAAUCUGAUAUAUAUAUAUAUAUGUGCUUCUUUU